AACUCUCAACGGGUGAGCACGUUGCAUCGUGUUAGUCCGGGGAAAAUUCGAGUAUUUCGCAAGAAAGAAAGGAUUUUCAGCCGUACUUUGACGAUUCGACGCAGCCACACAGCGAGAUUUUCGCUUGUAGUCAAGUGAAAAGAAAGUCCACUGGACUAUAAACGAAAAUUAACUGGCAAUAUAGCCUUAGUUGCUGUGCCAUCAAUUCGGCGUCAUCUCAAGUGAGGUGACGCCAACCAGAAAGGAAGAAGAAGAAGAAGAAACAUUAGAGAACGAGAGUCGAAGAGAGAACAGGCAGCAUAACUGAGCAUAGCAGGAAUGAUUCAACCCUCGGCUAUCUCGCUCCAGCAUAGGUGCAAAAUGUAGCGCCUCUUUGAAGAGAGUAGAGCUUUUCUGUUGUUCGUGUUUUAUGUUUUCAACCUUGGUUAAAGUGAAUUUGGUUGAGACAACCUAGUCAUUGUGUAGCUUAAAGCAGUUACCUGAAGAAAAAAAGUGUGAAUGUGUUGCGGAAAACGACCUUCUUUAGAUGUAAAAUCUAACCGAUAACCAGUGAAGUGUGUCCCAAAUUAUUUGGAUAUCCGUUAUUAGCUACUACCUGGUAGUAAUUAGAUAUUUUUCAAAGUGGAACGUCUUACUAUGAAAACCCGUCUCACUGCAUUGACAUGGCGAGGUUCAGCAUCCGUGGAUCCCAGGUUCUCGGCAUCUAUGCUACCUUGGUCCAUAGCCGAUAUCAGGAAUCACGAGAAUUAUGUAACAUUAUCUGUCGGUGUUGAAAACGGACACAUUGAAGCUUAUAACACUGACUUUGAGCUGCAGUUCGUACAUCAACUAAAGUAUAUUCUCGGAUUCUGCAGAGUUAUCGUCAAGCAAGAAAAAGUGAAGAAAAACUCAGAUUUUCUGAUUCCAAAACCCAACAGCACACGUAUCUUGCCUAUCACUAUUGGCAAUGACAACGUAGCAGAAAUCUACGGUCCAGAAUAUGGUCUAGUUUAUUUGCUGAAAACUCCGCAGGAUCCUCUACUGCAUAUUCAUCUAUACGAGUGUGAAAAAUACGAACAGAUGGCGGAACUGAUGCAGCAAAUGCGUGAUCCAGCCUCAAUCGGUGGCGGAUCGGUCGGCAGUAUACCGCAGAGCAUUGUAUCGUCUAGUGCAAACUCCAACGACAUACACCGAGCGUUACGUGGCCAGGGCAUACAUUCGACACCGGCAUCAAACUUGAAGCUAUCGGAGCAGAUGCGCCAUGCACAGCAUGACAGUAGUCCUACGUUGGCCUACUGUCAAAAUGGAAACAACGCAGCCGGCACGGGGCAUCCGGCACAAGGACGUCUGUCGGCCUCAAAAAGUUAUUCGGGCGGUCUAAAUCAAUCGAGCAGUGGAGGAAACAUUCAGAACAGUGCCAGUGUGUCAUCUAGUUUAUCUUCACUACCGGAUAUAUCCGCUAAUAAUUCGCAGUUUUUCGAAGUGUUAUACGUGGGAAAAAUCAAAGUGUCACAUAAGCGUGUUCCGUUCACCUUUAUCGAUGACGCGCUGCCCAAGUUCAAGGCUUACGACGCUCAGAAGCUCAAACAGCAGCUGGAUAUAGCGCGAAAGAACACAAACAGUGAAUCAUCCGAUACGGACGUGGAUGCAUCUUCCAAUCAAGUAGCGUCAUCCACGUUAGCAGCGCCAGCACAGGUGCUUAACAGGAUUAGUGAAUCUGGUGAAACAACUGGCAGCGAUGGGAUGGCGCAAAGUACAAUCAUUACAGCGAAUAAGGAGAACACUGAACCAGCGUUGCAGUCAUCCAACGAUGCUAAGGUCUUCCAAGGUCGCAGAGUCAGUCAUUUCGAUAUUCCGGCGAAAAAAGUUGACGACUCAUCAAAGGAAGAUUUAUUCAUUGGAACCAUGAAUAUGGCAAAAGAUAGUUUGAAACAUUCUGACACACAGAAAUCAAAAUCUCAGCAACAGCCUGCCAACGAUUCAAAAGCUUCUGAGGAUGUAGAUGUCCCAGUGCGCCGUGAUCGGUCUGCCUCGAUAGGGUCCAUUCCGAUAGUAGAGCAAAACCGAACGAUGGUUUUUCUAAUAGGGCAGUCCGACUUGAGACUCAUUAGCCCCGAUCGCAAGCAAGUCCUGCUGCACAAGGAAUUUCGUGAUGUGGCCAGUUGCGCCCAGGGACAGAAAAAUGCCGAUCACUUUGGUAUCAUCUGUCGCGAUGUGAACAACGACGGCUAUAUCGGAUACGUGUUCAAGUGUCAGUCGGAAAACGUUGCCGAUGAGAUCAUCAUCGCCAUCUCGCAAGCAUUCCUCGUUUGUUCGGAGCAAAAACAAAAGGAUAAAGCAUCUGCACAGAUUUACUCCUGCGAGCAUUGUCCAAUGCUGUGGUACCACAAACUAUGUUCGGACAUUGAAGGUCUAAGCGACAAAAAAACACAGUAUAUGAUAUUUAAACGAAUUGAUACCACUCUAACUGAUGAGGAUCAGCGAAUGCUGAUGGAGAAAUAUCAUGGUGCCGAGGAGGCAGCAGGUCACAGUAUUGGAGAACAGAACCAAUUUCUUAUGAUGCUACUAAGAGCGCAUUGCGAAUCCAAACAACAAAGACACGUACAUGACACAGCAGAAAACAGAACAGAAUUUUUAAAUCAAUAUCUAGGUGGCAGUGGAAUCUUUAUGAAGGCCAAACGGUCGCUAACUAGCUCGUUUGAUCACCUACUGAAACGACGUACCAGCAAAGAUGACUUCAAUGGGACUUCUUCAUCAAUCAAAGAUUCGAAUUCCUAUGGUGACUUGAAGGGUGAUAUGGAGCCUCAAACUAGAGCUCGGGCUUCUACGAUUGGAUCUAGUCCCUCUCUCAGUAGAAAGAACUCUGAUUUUGGAAUCCCGCAACCAACACCUCAACUGAAGUCUCCAAUGAUGGAUAUCUUCAUAAAAGUGGGCAACAGUCCUAGGGAAAACUCUAGUCAUGCUGGCUCCUGGCGACAAGCAAUGUUACACCGCGUGGUAACCCCAUCUAAAAACAUGAAAACAAGUGGUGAUGAAUACAUGUCACCAUUACGAGCUCCUCACAUAAGCACCAGACAACGGAAUCGUGAAGAGCUUCGUGAGCUAUGGCGCGUUGCAAUAAAGCAAACUAUAAUCCUUAACCGUAUGGACAAGGAAAAUGCUCGACUGCAGGCACGACAGAACGCAAUCAAAUCUAAUGAAAUCAAACGAAUCAAGCUGGAAUAUGAUGAAAUCACAACCUGUGACAAGCAUGCGAUCGAAAUUUGGGAUAUAUUUUUGAAUGCCUCUACAACGGAAGAAGUUCGCACCAAGAAAGACCCUAAAGUUCUAUACCAAGCAAUUAAAAAUGGUGUCCCAAGAACUAAGCGAGGCGAGAUUUGGAAGUAUCUUGCACAUCAACAUUCGUACAACACGGCUCCGGUAGAUACCACAAAUUUCCCUAAUUUCAAUACCCCGUACCAAGUGCUACUGAAGAAUUUAACCGAACAUCAACAUGCUAUCUUCAUUGAUUUAGGUCGAACCUUCCCAGAUCACAAAUUCUACAAGGAUGCCCUCGGCGUUGGUCAGCUAUCGUUGUUCAACCUUCUGAAGGCUUACUCCAUUCUAGAUCCAGAACUAGGAUAUUGUCAAGGGUUGGGCUUCAUUUGUGCUGUUUUGUUACUCCACUUGGAGGAAGCCGACGCAUUCGAUCUUCUCAAGCAUCUGAUGUUCAAACGACAAAUGCGCGCAAAAUAUCUUCCAGAUAUGAAGCAAUUUCAGUUGCAGCUAUACCAACUGUCCCGUCUAUUGAAGGACCACAUCCCUGAACUAUACGACUGGUUCGAUCAGCAUGACAUCUCACCCACUCUGUAUGCAGCUCCUUGGAUUUUAACCGUUUUUAGUUCCCACUUUCCACUGGGUUUUGUGGCCCGUGUUUUCGAUCUUCUAUUCCUCGAAUCGUUCGAUGUGAUUUUCCGUUGUGCAAUCGCUCUUCUGGAUGUACACAAGGAACAGCUGUUGCAACGGGACAACUUUGAAGAUAUUAUGAACUACUUAAAAACUGUUGUUCCGAAAAUUGAUUGCGAUGUGAUGGAUAAGGUUUUUCGGAAUGUGUUCAAGUCCGAUUUCUCUCGGCAGCUGAUCGAAUACCAAGUCGAAUAUAAUGUUCUCAAGGAGGAAAUGAGCUCCCAGAAUCAUCAUUUAGAGAAUCUUAAUCGAUUGAGGGAGGAAAACCACCAUCUUGAAACGCAAAUACAAUUUGCUCAAUCCAGCCUGGCUCAGCUGGAAAAGACUCGCCAUACACAACAAAAUCAAAUCCAGACGUUGCAGUCACAAGUACAAACUUUGGAAAACACCGUCCAAACGUUGGCCAAGUUCAUUGAACAUACAAUGGAGUCAAAAUUGGAUGACGUACUACCGAACGACAUAUGUCGUAUAAUUCAGCAGGUACACGAUCUACAACAUCAACAGAUUAUUCAACAGAAAAAACGGUCGCCGAUUUUCCUAGACCGCAAAAUCGGCAAAUCAAUAUCAUUUAACAGUAACCUGGGUCAUGCGUUAAAUGUACUGGAAGAAGCCAAUGAGCAGGACAGUUCUACUGGAACUCCUACUAAGAAGAAACCAUUCUUCCAGAGUUCUUUCGAACAAAUUCGUCAACAGAAAGCAACUCUGCGAUUACACAAACUUGACGAGUGCAAUAGUCCCGAGCAUGCCGUCGAUCUCCGCAACGCAAGGCUAAACACAAGCGAUGAUAGUGGAAUCGCGACGCCGAUUAGUCCACAAAUGCAUGCACCAUCGACGACUCCAAUGGUGGCCGAAUGCAAACCUCUAGUGCCCCUAAUCGACAUUCAUCCUUUAAGUGGCGAUGUGAAUGUACAGUUCAAUGGUACAACGCAGCUCAAAUCUAUCAAACCACGUAUUCAAUCACGGCAAAGUUCAGUCUCAUCAAUUGUGAGUGAUAUCAGUGAAAGCGGUACGUCAACUGGCCAGAACAAUCGAAGUUAACAAUCAGCUGUUGACCGUUAAAUUCCAGGUACAGCAUUCUGUCUGACCAAUCGUACAACUAAACCAACAUAAGAUGUGCUACUAAUAAGCUUAUAUAUGUGCAAACCGAAACUGAACAUUGACCAUGCUCUUACAUAGGUCAUUUAAGGAGAAGCUUAUAACUAUAUUCUAUUUAUUCUAAUGCUUUGACAAACAGUGAUGUGUAGUAGAUAGUGCUAGCGUAAACGUUUGGGAAAUCUUUCGGAAUAUAUGCUUCAGAAACGAUGCAGCUUAUACAUAUAUACAACUAAUACCGAUGUUCAAAGGUACAAACAGACAACCCUCUUUUGCUUCCGCGUUACAGGUACAUACAUAUAUCAAGGUCUAUUGCUUUACCAAACAUUAGUCGACAACAAGAUGAUACAGAAUAUAAGCACGCCACUUCAGAAUGCACACAAAUUUGGCUUUAAUAGAGAAAAAAUCAUAAACCCAACUGUCACAGAUCAGUGAAAAUCAAUUUAUGUGAACAUACGGAUGCACUAUCGAAAACCUUAAGCAAUUAAGAAUGUUCUCAUACUGAACUGUAUAUAACAAAAAUUGGAUCGCAACAAGCUUACCAGCUUAUUCUUGACACUUGAUAAAAAUGUAUGGUUAAAAUUAGUGGCUUGUCUAAAUGUCGUCCAGUAAAUGAAAGUGAACAUAUUUAUUUUUCUGAAUAGCUCCAAAGCUGCCCAUUUAGUAAUCUGAUUCAGGAGACGAGAAACGUACGAAGUUGUCUUUCUUUCGAGCUUAUUCUGUAACCAGGGCUAAACGGUUGUUACUUUUUUAUUUGUUUUGUUUUCUUCUAAUCUGUUGUUAUUUAAGUACCAAAAUGUACAUUAUGUUUUAAUGAACAAUUAUGUUUAAUUUAUGUCCAUUAAACAACUUAAGUAUUGUAGAAAAAGAUUGAUAUUCAAUUGAAAUUUGUUGCAGAUUUUCAUAUCGGUUAGAUUGAAGUGCGGUGUGUACUUUUAGACAAAAAAAUGUAAUCCAAAUUUUGACUAGACUAACCAUACAAUACAAAUUAAUGAGGGAAAAAGCAUAUGUACUAAUGAUAUUAGCAUUGAAUAAAACCCAAGAAAUCCUGUA